AAACUAACCAGAUCAGUAUCAAUGUUGAAGCCAUACAAAACAAUUUGUUUCAGGAAUCUGUUAACCGAUACGUGUGGUUCGAUAAUGGCUUACAACUUAUUAAUUAUUCCAAAAUAUCCCAACAAGAGCACCCUACCAGUAAAUUAUCACCACCCCCUCAGAGUUAGCCUUUAAAAAAUUGCACAUCAAGAAGCUUGGUAAUGUGAUAGUUUUUGAUAUUCAAAAACCCCACUGCUCUGAGACAAAUGCACUUAUUCAAAGUGUAUAUCAUAUAAAUCCUUAACUAUCAGAUUGAUCAGAAUUAUUACAAUCGACUGGCUUCACUUCGAACAAAUGGACGUUUCUAAAAUUCCUGAAACCGUACCGAAGUAACAAGAAGCGAGCUCAAAGAAAUCAAUGGGUUGAUGCUAGCCCGUGGAAAAGAUAUUGGACUUCGCAAGUUCUAGGUCAGCUGUUAAUGUUAGAUGGUUCAACCUCAGCUUGGUGUCUUACCUGUUAUUCCUACCCAUGAUGAAUUUUCUACAGAAAAGAAAACGAAGAAGGAUCAUCUUCUCUCGUUUCAUAAUAUUUGUCACAUCUGUUUUAUCUCACUGAUUGUUCUGAAGCUCUAUGGAGAAUAUUUUACUAAUAUUGUUCUGGCAUCAUGGGCAUACAUUACGGUCCUCUUCAUGAAUUCGGAGAUGCAAACAAGUUUUUUUGAUCAGUCAUAUCGGAAGAUUUGCCUUUUCUUAUCCAUCGUCUCACUCACGCAUUUAGGUUUAGUUCAGUACUCUUUAUGGACUCAGGGCUUAUAUGACAUUUUUAUACUUCAGCCUUCUAGUUCAGUAUCGAGUCUACCACUAACUUUGUGGUAUAUAUUCGUCUCCGACUGCUCAUUAAAACUGUUGUCGAUAUUUAUCAAGAGCAUAUCUUUGUUUUCCGUGUCUAAAACACUUGAUUGUUACUCUAUGGGUUCAUUACUCUGUUUUCUGGAAUAUAUGUUCUUAUUCCUAAGACACUUACCUCCUGGAAUUCUGUGGAUAUGUUUCCUGCUAGAAAUAAAUUGGAAAUUACAAGGAGUUAUGGCUGGGAGAAUAUUUGUAUGCUUAUUGUAUUGUAUCUUGAAAGUUUGUAUUUUACUUUCAUUGUGUAAAGAGUUCAUGAAGUCUUCACUUUCAACAAUAUGUACAAAACCGUAUACUGUCGAACUGCAGGCGCCAUCAAAUGAAGUUUGCCAAAUGUGCCUUGAAUCUUAUACUCAUGUUGGCAUUCUGUCUUGUAAUCAUAAAUUUUGUGCUAAAUGCACAGCACGUUGGUGUAACACAUUCACUAAUUGCCCAUCGUGUCAUCCGGAAUGUAACAAAAAUUCAAAAUGGCGAAAUGGAUCGAUGGAUUUAUUUAUCCAAUUUUAUUAAAAUUCAGUAUUAUUUGUAUUUUAUAUCAGUUUUCUAAUUUUCCUUGUUAGCUAUUCUUGGUAAAUAAUUAAUAAUGUGCCAAAGGUUUGUCAUUUAUUCGUAGGCUUUUCUUGUAUACUUAUUUAUUUUGAAUAAAAAAAAAUAAGUAAAUGUAAUUGGCUGUGAAGAAGGUUGUACUUGUUUCAUCUAUUUCAUAAAGGAAUUAAACAUUCAAAUUACGUACAUAUUAAAUCGUAAAUUGACUUUUUUAUAAUAAACUAAUUAGUCAACUGAACAAUUUUCUAUGCCCCUUAUUCGUUCGGUAAAUGUUGACAGUAUUGUCUGUUGCUAUUUAUCAAUACUUGAUUGUAAAUCCUUUUUUUAGAAUUUUUUUUUACUCUUAACAAUAACUCUAUACCACAGAUACAUGAAUGUAGAACCAUAGACACAAGUUACUAAGCAUUUUCCACAUUAUUCAUCUGUGCUUGUGACUUAAGAAUGUGGCUUGACGAUAAAAAUAUUUGCAUUACAAUAAGCUAUUACACUAUUCAAUAAAGGCUUUUUAACCGCUAUUCACUUGUAAAAGCGUCAUCACAUAACUAAAGUCUAAUAAAGGAUUCCUAUUAUGAAAAUUAGAUCAGAG